GGCCCCCGUCGCUCGUCUCUUCUCUCCGUCUCGCUAAUUCUCAUCACCCCUGCUCACCUCUUCCUCCUCGCUCCCGCUCCUCGCCUGAGCCCUCAGCGCUGCCCAUACUGGACGCAGCAGCAGCGCGCCCAUGAGCGCGCCGCCGACGCGCGUCGUGCCCUCGCUCUUCCUGCCCAUCGCCAGCAGCAGCUCGAGCCAGGCCGGCGGCGCCAGCAGCUCCAGCACCGCUCGCUCCUCUACCAUGCCGUCGCCCAUCGCCCGCACGGCCGGCGCUGCGUCGCCCACGCCCGCCCCGACACACGGGGCAGAGGCGACGCUCGCCGUGCACAUCUGGUGUGUGCCGGCCGCCUCGGGCAGCUCCGCCCUCUCGCGAGCGCCGCUGCUGCGCGAGGUGCCGCAGGUGCGGCGCAAGCUCACCAAGCGCGACUCGCGUGCGCCGCCGGGCUCCAGCGGCGGGCUGCAGCCGCACCAUCUGCACCACCAGCAGAUCGACGAGGCCGAUGCUGGGUGGAGCACGGCGGACAGGGAGGGCGCGGGAAAGUCAGGCCUUGGCUUUGCGGGCAUCAAGGGCGCGACUGGCUGGCUGAGAGAGAAGCCGAGCCGGACGAAGCUGGCAAUGCCAAGCGCAGAGGCAUCGGGCGGCAAGGCCGGCUGGAAACGCGCCACGAUCCUGUUCCGGGACGAUGGGAUUCUGAGCAUCUUUGGAGAGGAUCGCGCACUGCUGCACUCGAUCCAUGCACCGUCACUGCAGACGAGCGACGUGCGUCGCGUCGACGACUCGCUCUUCACCAAGCCGCACGUGCUCGGCAUCUUCUCUCUGCCUUCCGUCUUCUCCACCUCUGGCGCCCGGACGCCAGCAGCGGCCACAAGGAUAGCGCAUGCCUCGAGCUCCAACGAGGCGCUGAACGCAUCGGAGAAGGCAGCUCGAGCCGAGCCCAUCUACCUCUGCUUCCCCUCGCGCGCCAAGCUGCUGCGCUGGCGCUCGCUGCUGCGCACGUUUGCCGAGCCCGAGCUCUACGGACCCUCGGGCAGCAGUACGCCGACACACCGACGCUAUCGGCAGCUCGACAUGACCGUCUUUGAGGCGCGCUUCCCCAACACUUCGCGCGCGCCGCUGCCGUUGCCAGACUACGGGCGCUCGCACGCCAGCUCUGGUAAGGCCAAGGGCCUGGCGCGACGCCUGAGGCGCAGAGAAGACGAGGAGGCGGAGGACGUCGUGGCAUUCGGCGACGAGCCAGGGCACCUGAAUGAUCUGCCUCCCGGCGCAGAAGUCUUCGGCAGUCCAACGGCAGCCAGCAUCUCCUCGCCGGCACUGGCGGCGGAGAAGCAGAUGAGCUCGCUGGCGCGCUUCUCUGCCUCGCUGCGACGCUCGACUUCGAUCGACAGUUUCGGCCCGAGCGAGAAUGGCCGCGCUGGGGGCUCUAUCUCGCCCAUCGCCGCUGGACCCGGCUCAGAUAGUGAGGAAGAGAUGAGCGGCCCAAUCUCCGGCCUGACCGGCGCAGCGCGCACGGCUGCUACGGCUGCCAUGCCAGCUGGCAUGCCGCCUUCGCGCAGCCAACGAAGCCUAGGCGAGACUGCCGGUCCUAGCACGGCACCCACUUUCACCGCCUGCUACUGCCUCGUCCUACUCGACGGCGCCGUUGUGGCUCGCACCAAGGUACGCGCAAGCGGCACGGGCUCCAUCGUCUGGGUCGAGAAGUUCUGCAUGGCCGAGGUACCGUCUCUCUCCUCGUUGCAAGUCGACGUCAUCUGCAGUCAGCGCACAGGCAAGUACUCGUUGCUCGGCUCGGUCGACAUUCCGAUAGAGACGAUGCGCAGAGGAGAAGAUGUGGAGGGCUGGUUCCCGAUUUGGGCCCAACGACGCGUGGAUGAUGCGGCUGCGGCAAACGCGCGCUCGGACUUGAGCUACGGCCGCGAGAUGAUUGGAGAACUCAAAAUGGUCAUCCGCGUGCGCGAAGAGACUAUCCUCGCUCGCACCAAGUAUCAGGGCGUCGAGAAGGCUCUGAAUGCGCCAAAUUGCGUCUCUCUCGUACGCGCGCUCUCCAAGGAGCUCGAGGAGGACCGGCUCAUCACACAUCUCGUCGACAUCUGGACGAGCUCAGGCACCAUCGUGCAGCGUCUCGCGGACCUGGCCGACGUCGAGAGCAGUGCGUUUGGCGACAAGCUUGAGCCUGAGCUUCUCUUCCGAGGCAACACGCUGCUCUCUCGCAGUCUAGACAAGUUCCAGCGGCUGUAUUGCUCGGGCUGGCUAGACGUGUCCGUGGGCAGCAUCGUUCGACGCAUCGUCGAGGAGCGCAUCUGGCUUGAGGCCGACGAAGAGGCAUCGCAUCGCGGAAUGUUCAGCUCGGACGCUCGACCUGGCACUGCUUCGGGACAAGCUGCAGGCGGCGAGUCCAUCAGCACGAGCAUGAGUCGCUCGUCGACGCACUCUAGCGAGGGCGGACCUGCAGAUGCCUCGCGGGGAGGCGCACUGGAGCAGCUGAAGCGUCUCUGCGUCGAGGUGUGGGAGAGCAUCUACAGGAACCGGCAUGCCUGUCCGCAUGAUCUGCGCCGCGCUCUCAACCACAUCCGCACGACGGUCAAUGCGCGCUUCAACGGCGUCAAGCAGCCUGGUCCCGGCUUUCAGGGUGUCGGUGCCUUCGUCUUUCUGCGCCUCAUCUGUCCGGCUAUUACGACGCCGCACUUGUACGGCCUGACUGCGGUGGCGCCCGAUAUCCGCAGCGCCAAGACGCUGAUGCUGAUCGCCAAGGUCUUCCUGGCACUGGCGAACAAGCGCCCGGCGUUCGACAAGGACAAGGAGCCGUGGCUCGUGCAAGUCAACGACUUUCUGCGCACGCAGGGCGCUGCAUUUGACGACUACAUCACUGCCGUCUCGACGCGGCCGCCCGAAGAGAUGCAGAGCAAGUCGAUGCCUCUCGGCGACGAGAACGAUUACUCGCUGCAGCGGGCAGUGCAGCGGCACAUGCCCAAGUUGCCGCCGCUGCACCGCGAGUCGAUUCCGACGCCAACGUACCUGCUGGACCGCCCGCUGGCACUCGCAUCGCUGGUCUCGUACGUCGUGCGCUCGGCGCAGCUGGUGCGCAGCGAUGAAGAGACGCGCUCUGCGCGAUCAGCCGCGACGAGCCAGAGCGAGGAAGUGCUGGCCGACGCGCCGCCUCAGAGCGCCGAGGCCGGUGCAGCAGCCGAGGCCGAUGCGCUGGCCAACUUUGUCGAUCUGUGCUGCGACAUUGAGGAGGAGACGGGCGCGGAAAUCGAUCUCGCAGGCUUCGAUCCUGCGCCGCUGCCUCUGCCGCGCGGCCAUCUGCCAGGCAUGGAUCCGCGUCUCGCCACGUCGGCCUCCAUCUCGACGGGUCGCGUCACGCCAGUCAACGGCGCGAGCGGCAGCGGGCACAAUGAGCUGCGCAGCAGUCCGGGCAUCAUCACGGGCUCGCGUAGCCAGACGGGCUCGUACCAAGAGCCAGACGCCUCGACGGUAAGCUUCGAUCGGCAAGGCUCCGCCGGCCGCUCUCGGCGCGCGACAGUCUCGUCUCGGAUACCGACCAAACAGGCACCGCCGCCUUUCAUUGAGGCGUCGCCUGCACCUGACAUCACGCCGCGCAUGCCUUCCGUCGAGAGCAUGCAAGCCAGUGGCGAUGGCGGCUUCAGCAGCACGAAUCUCUCGCUCAACCUCGACGAGCAAUCCGACGACGAGCUGCGCGCAGCAUACCAGAGCUUUGCCGCCUCCUCGUCGCCUGCGCAUCGCGUGCCGCGCUCGCCCGUGCGCGUGUCGCCAGGCAAUAGUGGCGUCGUCGGGCGGAGCGCGGACAGCGUACUGCGUCCCAUGGGGCGACGGCACUCGAGCGACACGUCGCGCUUGACUCACUCUUCGCGCACCACGCGCGGCGAUCGUUCUUCGCCUGCGCCCGUCUUCGAGGCCGGCAGUGGCCACGUCUCGCGCCGCAGCAUCAGCAGCCGCACGACGGCCGCGCAUGCCGGCUUUGCCUCGAGCGACGAGGAGAGCGCAGCGCAGCACAGCGUCCUCUCCGGCACCGUCACCAGCGGCAACUCGGCGAAACGCACACGCAAGAGCUGGUGGCGCCGUGCGGCGGGCGCUUGAAGGGCACGGAGUGAUGCGGCGGCUUGCAAGCGCAAUGCGACGGAUGCGGACAUGCGGGGCGUGAGACAUGCGAGAGAGGGGACGCAGUGAAGAGGCGGUGUGAGCCGAGAGCCAGCCUGGCUUGCGGGAAGGUGACGCGGGUCGUGCUUGAAGGAUGCGAGACGGGUGCGGACAGCGUGGCGUGAGAUGUGGUGACGCGGGCGGAGAAGACAACGCGAAGCGGAGAGGACAGGAAAAGAGGCGCU